UGCCACUGUCAAAUCGACCCCAAACAUAAACAAUCCGAUGCAAAACCGGCCGAAAAAAUCGAGUCAAUUUCAGCGAAAGCCGUACAAAAGUUCACCUGUGCGCUCGAUUCUUCUACUAACCAAUCUCACCAUGGACGACGAAGAGUACGAACGCUUCGAAAUCACCGAUUACGAUCUGGACAACGAGUUUAACCCAAACCGAGGCCGUCGGCGUCCUACAAAGCAUCAGCAGAUCUACGGCAUCUGGGCGGACGAUGAUUCCGAGAACGAAGGCGACGAAGGCACCUCCACUGGUGGAGGUCGACGCAGAGGACGCCAGGUCGGUAAGAAACCGAAGGACUACUCUGCCCCGAUUGGUUUCAUUGCCGGUGGUAUUCAGCAGUCGGGCAAAAAGCCUGACCCGGCCCAAGAACGCAAAGCAUCCGACGAGGACGAUGAAGGUGAUGAAGAUGACUCAAGGCCAAGGUUUGGUUCGAAAGUUAAACCAAGCGGUAGCAAUACAUCGUCCGAAUCGGAAGAGGAAAAACCUCCCGUGCAUGAUAUGCGAUCGAUGGCCGGUUUUCGAACGUUUAGCAGCGCUCCGGCGAUGGCAGCCAAAGGUGGUAAAAACAUGGCCAACUGGGAGCAGCACACGCGUGGCAUCGGUGCGAAGCUGCUGUUGCAGAUGGGCUAUCAACCAGGCAAAGGUCUGGGAAAAGAUUUGCAGGGCAUUUCAGCGCCAAUCGAGGCACAUCUGCGCAAGGGCCGUGGUGCUAUCGGUGCGUACGGUCCGGAGAAAAAGACAGUCGUCGCGGAUGCGAAACUGAAGCAAAAGCAGGAUGAUUCGAAGGCAUUGCCGGCGGGCAGUGCGGAGGAGGAAAGCGGACAGUGGCGCAAGGAUGGCAAGCAAGGUAAAUCACGCUACUUUUACAAAUCCGUGGAGGACGUUAUUGAGAAGGGUAAGAAAUCAACGUUAUCAACGUAUGCGCCGUUUGAUAAGACUGCCUCGAAGCUGAGCCAGGUGACGGUAAUCGAUAUGACUGGGCCGGAAAAGCGUGUCCUCAGCGGGUAUCAUGCCCUCGGCCAAGCGAAGGUGAUCGACGAGGAACUGUACGAGCCGGGACUGACUGGUAGUAAAGCAGCUACCACCCCUAAAGAAAUGACUCACUUUUCCCUGCCCGAACUGAUGCACAAUCUUAAUCUGAUGGUAGACUACUGCGAACAGGACAUCAUCGCGAUUGAUAAGCAAAAGUGUGAAGCUAAAGAUCGCGAAGAGCAGCUGCUGCACGAGAAGCAAAAUUUGAUACGUAUAAGCGAGCUGGAGAAGGAUUAUCUUCACACGCUGGAGGGAGCGCUUGAGCUGGUGCGGGCACUGGUCGAACCGCCGGCUGACGGACCGAUUGAGCUGGAAGAAUGUGAGAGAAUCUUCGUGCGCCUGUACGCAGAAUAUCCGGCCGAAUGUAAAGAGUUUGGUCUGUCGGACCUAGCGGCAGGUGUGGUUGCUCCACUGAUUGCCGCUCGGCUUAAAGAAUGGACACCGUUCAGCGAACCGACGCGCCAUUUGGACGUGUUUAAGCGGUGGAAAUCUAUACUGGCCUCUGCCAACACGGACAGCAACAGUAGCAGCAGCAACAGCCUGCUCAAUCCCUACUCGGCCGUUGUUUGGACCGGUGUAGUUCCCAGCAUACGAGCGGCGGCAAACGAAUGGAAUCCUCGUGUCCAUCAGCCAAUGAUAGCUUUGCUGGAUGCUUGGGCACCCCUGUUACCAGCAUGGAUACUGGACAACGUGCUCGAGCAGAUUGUGUUGGUCAAACUGUCGGCAGCCGUCAUCGAAUGGGACCCAUUGACCGAUACGGUUCCCAUCCACUGCUGGAUUCACCCGUGGACGGAACUACUUGGGCCAAAGAUGGAAGGUAACGUCUAUCCAGCCAUUCGUGAAAAAUUGGCCCGCGCCCUCAAAGCUUGGCAUCCGGAGGAUCGGUCCGCCCGCGCAAUGCUAACCCCGUGGAAGGGCGUCUUUGCCGAGGAAGAUCUGCAGGUGUUCCUGGCCAAGAACAUCAUACCCAAGCUCGAGCUGAGGCUUACCGAGCUGAUCAUUAAUCCGCUGCAGCAAGAUUUGGAAAUAUUCAACCAGGUGUGGGAAUGGAACGAACUCAUCUCACCACUGCAAAUGGCCACCAUACUCGACAAGUACUUCUUCCCCAAGUGGCUCCAGACGCUCGUCAUCUGGCUCAACCAAUCGCCCAACUUCGAUCAGGUGUCGCGCUGGUACCAGGGCUGGAAGGCACAGUUCACGGACGAUGUCGUGCGCCACCCGAACGUGAAGGAAUGUUUCCGCAAAGCGCUCGAGCUGAUGCAACGUUCGAUUGGCAUGGGCAGCGGCGGUGUGGCAGGCGCUGCGUCAAGCUCACCUCCGGUAAUGAUGGAACCGAUACCGCCGCCACCGAAACCACCCAUCCCGAUGGACAUUUCGGUCGACACACAGGCGCCAACGCUCGAGUUUAAGGAGCUCGUAUCGCAAAAGUGUGCCGAACGGGGCAUUAUCUUUGCACCGAUGCCGGGACGCCGGGAGCUGGGCAAACAGGUGUACCGCGUUGGGAAGCUGUUUUGCUACAUCGAUCGGUCGGUGUGUAUCAUCAGUCCGGAUGGAGGUGUGAGCUGGACGCCCAUAUCUUUAGCGGCGUUACUGGAACGGGCUGUCAGUGGAUAAGAGAGGGUGGGUUUCAUGGUUCCAUAUUCGCAGAUGUACUGUAAAUUAAUCAAAUAAAGAACACCUUAACUAAAGGGGAAA